AUGGCUGCCACAGCUCCACCCAAUUCCGUCCAAUGCUUCGGCAGAAAGAAGACAGCGGUGGCCGUCACCCACUGCAAAGCUGGCCGUGGCCUAAUCAAGAUCAAUGGAGUUCCGAUCGAACUGGUUCAGCCGGAGAUCCUCCGUUACAAGGCGUUCGAACCAAUCCUCCUUCUCGGUCGCCACAAAUUCGCCGGCGUUGACAUGAGGAUUCGCGUCAAAGGUGGUGGUCACACCUCUCAGAUUUACGCUAUUCGUCAGAGCAUUUCUAAAGCCCUUGUAGCCUACUACCAGAAAUUUGUUGACGAAGAGCAGAAGAAGGAGAUUAAGGAUAUUCUUGUGAGGUACGAUAGAACCCUUCUCGUUGCUGAUCCAAGAAGAUGCGAGCCAAAGAAGUUUGGUGGACGUGGUGCUCGUGCUAGGUUCCAGAAAUCAUACCGUUAA